AACAAUAUUGUUGUUUUUAUUUUUCACGAUGGUGCAAGGGAAAUCGAAAUUAAAAAAGCUUCCAAACGGCAUUAAGACAAAGAACAAAAAACAGAACAAACCAUUGGGACUGAAAAAAGGAGGACAAGUGAUUGCCCCAAAAAAGAAAAGACACUUAGAAGCAGCAAAACUAAAAAAGGGAUUAGAAAAGUCUAUCAAUGCCAAGAUAGAACAUGAAGUUACAAUGACAGCUAAUUCUGUGGAACCAAAAUCUUUCCAUGUGGUCAAGUCACAAGAGGCAUCUACAUCAAAAGCUAAUAAAACAUAGUGGCUUUUA